AUGUGUCUUCUGUCUCUUCCACCUGAAUUGAUCUUGCUCGUUGCAGGCAAUUUGGAUUCGCCGAAAGACUUUCUCGGCUUCCUCCUAACUAGCCCAAAAUGUUACAAUCUCCUGAUCAAUGAGCUUUAUCAAAAGAAUGUCCGCUCUGAUGGUGGAUCAGCCCUUUUGUGGUACGCGAGUCGUGGGGCCGAACUUGGAGUCCGGAAUAUGCUGCGUGCGGGUGCGAAUGUGAAUCUUCGAUCACCGAAUCGGGCACAGUUGACAGCUCUUCUGGAAGCUGUGAAGCACAAGCAUACCAGUGUUGUACAAAUCCUUCUAGAGAGUGGGGCUUUGCCAGAUGCGGCCGACGCCCGAUCCAGAAGACCCUUGGCUUUGGCGACAAAUGGUCGUAGCGACGUGGCGAUCACUAAGUUGCUCUUAGAAAACGGUGCCAGGGCCGAUUCUGCUGUGUUUGACAAGCAUGCUCCUUUAUUUGAGGCUGUCCGGUCAAGCCAGGAAUCCAAAGUAGCAUUACUCUUGAAACAUGGGGCUGACACAUACGUCUUGGACUGUCGAACCGGGAUGAAUCUCGUGUAUAUCGCGGCUUCUAAGAAGGCUACUUCCGGAAUUAUAAAUAUUCUUAUAGAUUCGGGUAUCCAAAUAGAGUCUCAAGAUGAUAUGGGAAGAACGCCACUUCAAGUCGCAGCUGAAAAUUCAUGCACACGUGCUGUGCGCCUGCUGUUACACCUUGGCGCCAAUCCGAACUUUAAGAAUAUGAACCAGUAUCGGGAAGGAUGGAGUGCACUUUUCUACGCUGCAACAAAUCCCAACAGUCCCGGUAAUGGCAAUAAAAGUAUCAUCCGAGCACUGUUCAUACAUGGGGCUGAGAUUGAUACUGAAAAUCACGCUUAUAAGACGCCUCUACUCUAUGCCAUCUCUCAAAGUGCUAUUAAACAAGCGCAAGCUCUUGUUGAAUGUGGUGCCAAUAUCAUGGCUAGAGAUUCCAAUGGAGAAACGGUCCUCCAUUUGGCUGCAUCAUUAUCAAGCUGCUCUCCUAGUUUGAUGGAUUGGCUUGUCGAAAACGGAGCUGAUGCAAAUUGGGCCGGCGGCCAGCGUAAUGAGACUCCAAUUUUCUACGCUAUCAGGAAUUUUUAUAUCCGAUAA